CACAGGAGGAGCUGCUGCUGUUUAAAGAAGAGCUGAACAUAUAUAUAUAAAGCAGAAGACGAGUGUCAGAAACACAGAAUGGCUGAUAGGAGUCCUCUGUUUCUGCUGCUCAUCUUCUGGACACUCAGCACAGGUGUGUUUGGAGCAGGAGAGACUCAUGUGUUCAGCAGAUCUGGAGAAACUGUUCAUCUGCCCUGUAGAAAUACUGUUCAGUACUGCAGCACAUCAGGAACUACAUGGCUCAAUAGCAGUCACAGACAGACAGAAGCAGUUGAGCUGAUUGGUUUAGGGGUAAAGAAGAGAAACUCAGACAGACUGAAUCUGGGCUCUGACUGCUCUCUGAUCAUCAGUAGAGUCACAACAGAAGAUGCUGGACGUUACUUCUGCCAACAGUGGAGAGAAAACCAGAAACAAGGCUCUGAUUCACCUGUGUAUCUGCAUGUUGUUGCUGUCUCUCCAUCAUCAUCAUCAUCUUCAUCAUCAUCUUCAUCUGAUGUUCGUCCGGGUCUCUCUCUGACUCUCUCCUGUCAGCUGUAUUCAGAUUCUGGACUCUCCUGUGUUGAUUUGUUCAGAUCUGAGCAUCUUCAUCUGUCCUGGUUGAAUGAGGCUGGUGUUAAUCUGAACACAGACUCCAGAUAUCAGAUCUCUUCUACAGGCUGUAUCAUCAGUCUGUCUACAACACUCAUCAGUGAAGAUGAAGAUAAACAGUGGAGAUGUGGAGUCUAUCAGAGAAAUGAACUGAAGACCUCAGACACGUUUACUGUCCAGUAUUCAGCAACAACAACAACAACAGCAGCAGCAGCGACUCCACGUCACAACACAAACCUGAAAACAAACAAACCCAGAGCUGCUUCACCAGUGCUUUCAGUUCUGCUUUCUGCUGCUGCUUUGGCUGUUUUCAUCGCUGCUGUUCUGUGUUUGAUCCAGCGCAGAAGAAGAGCUGCUCAUCAAAGAGCGACUGGUGAAUCAGCGGUCAAAGAUGAGAAUCAAGUCCACUAUCAAACAAUCCACAUGUCCAUUAAUCCUGCUGCCAGAGCCCAUGAGCAGACGGAGGAUCCAGUCACUUAUUCUGAGGUCACUUGUGCUGGGAAAAAGCCGGAGAAAUCAGCCAGUGAUCACUCUAAUGAUUCAGUGACUUACGCCGCCGUCAGCAGAAGAGCUUAAUGUGUGCAGAAGAAGAAAAAGAGCCUUCAGGAAUAAACAUCAACACAAACAGGCAGAAAUCACAGCAGCAUCACUGCAGCAUUUCAGGAGCACAAGUUUCCCUCAAAUGCGCAGAUUCAGGACUUUAGUGUGGGAGAAUUGGAGAGAUUUAGAGCAGAACAAACACAGCUGGAAUAUUACUGCACUGGAAAGAGGACAAAGCAGCUGUUCUGAAGGAGAGAAAGAAAGAAAGAAAGAAAGCAGAAAAAUAGGCUGUGUUUGUGGAGGAAAGAGAAGACUGCAGUGGGAGAAUUACAGCACUGUCUGUUUGUGUUUCUAUCAGAAGUUUUUGUAUUAGUUUAUAUCUGACAGAAUUACUAACACGGAGGAAAUCUCUAAUCUUGAUCUCUCUGUUCAGAUUACUGUAUUAAUAGUUUUGUCUUGUCUUGCUUUAUAGAAAUGUAUUUUUAAUAUCUUAUUACUAACAUCAUAUACAUGUUUAUGUGUUGUAGAAAGUACCUUUUUAGCUUUCACAUCAAGUUAAUAGUACUACAGUGAUGUUAUGUGUCUGUAUAAAUGUUUCAGAUGAAACUUUUGUGAAAAUAAAAUCUCAAACUAA